AUGAUUAUGGCAGAAGAGGAACCCUUUGCAAAGUCCAAGACAGGCAUCAAAGUGAUCAUCGUCGGGGCAGGUUUUGGGGGCCUCACAGCGGCGAUAGAAUGCCAUCGUCAAGGCCACCAGGUGGAAAUAUAUGAGUCGUUCCCAGUGCUUAAGUCUUUGGGAGACAUAAUAUCCUUUGGCUCAAAUGCUGGUCGAAUUUUUCGUCGAUGGGGUGUCGACGGCUCGAUAGCCAACAAAAUGAGAGCUCUAAGUAUCGACCUCGCAAGGCAUGGAUUCAAAAUCCACAAGUACACUGGGGAGCAUAUCAUCACUCAACACACGCCUCCAAUGGACCCCGAAGCGCCAGUUUUCAACGGCCACCGUGGGGAGUUGCACGAGGUUAUCUUCAACUACGCCAGGGACGACCUCAAGAUCCCCAUUCACCUCGGCCAAAGAGUCGAGAAGUAUUUUGAAGAGGACGACAAGGCUGGGAUCGAACUAGCGAAUGGUGAAAGAGUUUAUGGCGAUAUGGUAAUCGGAUCGGACGGUGUGAGAUCAAAAGCACGGGAGCUUGUCCUGGGAUACGUCGACAAGCCGAAGAGCAGUGGCUAUGCAGUCUUCCGCGCCUGGUUCCCCAAUACCGAUAUGAUUGCCGACCCUCGGACGAAGCAUUUCUGCGACAAUGGCGAUACAUUCCAAGGCUGGAUCGGACAGGAUGUGCACUUCCUUUUUUCAACCAUCAAGAACGGAAGUGACUGCUGUUGGGUGCUGACACACAGAGACGAGGCAGACAUUGACGAGUCCUGGUCAUUUCCCGGCAAGCUAGAGGAUGUGUACAAAGUAUUCGAAGGCUGGGACCCUCUCUGCAAAACUAUUGUCUCGAAAACGCCUGAAAGCCAUCUGGUCGACUGGAAAUUGGUGUACCGAGAUCCGCUCCCAACAUGGGUCAGCAAAGGCGGUCGUAUCGCCUUGCUGGGUGAUUCAGCACAUCCAUUCCUGCCGACCUCGGCUCAGGGUGCUACACAGUCGAUGGAAGACGGCGUCACUAUCGCAAUUUGCCUCAGGCGUGCCGGAAAAGGUCAGGUUCCAGAUGCCGUCCGAACGUAUCAGAGAAUUAGGUACGACCGUGUGAAGGCAGUGCAAAAGACUGGAGAGACGACACGAGACAUGUGGCACAAGGCGGACUGGGAUAAGGUCAAAAAGGACCCCAGCUCCGUGCAGUUCCCACGCGAGGACUGGAUCCACACGCACGACGCCGAAAAACAUGCUGAGGAAGUCUUUGACGAGAACUUUGCUGCAACUCAGGCCGCGGAGAAGGGAGUUCCCGAAAAGCUGGUGAGCGGAGUGGACGCGGUCAAUGGUGUCAACGGCGUGCAUGGAGUGGCUGCCGUAAAUGAAGUGAAUGGUACUCACUGA